ACAUUCUGUCUGCCUCUCAUCUCUUGUUUUCAACUUGCAUGUGUGGCUUGAAUGUGUGCAAGAAUUUGUGUGUGAUGUGUUCUGGAGUUUGGGAAUGUGUUUUGUGUUAUUUUUGUUUGAGCAGGUAUUUGUGAUGAUAGAUCUUGAGAAGAUCUUUCCGACGCAACGAGAAUCCCUUCAAUCGGAGCAAGAACGCGAAAGCUAUGAAGAUUCAAAGUUCUUGAGCUUGCGUUACAAUUGCGGCGGUUACAAAGUGAAGUUGUGGGGUGACUCACAAUGGAGUUGGGACCUUUGGGGUUGGGGAAAUUUGUCACUCUACUGUAACAGCUGCAAAUUGGUUGGGAACAACCAAGCUAGGUUGGCAAGGGUGGCCAACUUGGAUGGAUUGGUUGGGAAGGGACAAAUGUCAAAGUUGGGGUUCCUAUAGGGAGGGAAUCUUUGUGCUUAUGGGGUUCCCUUGGUUGGGGACUCUCUUGGGACCUUCCCUCUCGUCCCUCUCUUUCUAUCCCAACCUUUCUCUUGCUCCUCUAAUUCCUUGGGGAGUACCAGAAUGGAGGGCACCUGCUGGUACUGCAAGAAGGUCGGGCAUCCUUGGUUCAAGUGCUUCAGCAGGCCGGAGGGAUGGGCACCUCCAGGCAUGAAGCCGCCCAGUGGUGAACGCGCACAAGGUGGUGCUGUGCAAGGCUCAGGUGCACAAGGUGAAGGUGCACAAGGUAAUGCCUAUCCUGGGAUGUUUCUCAUGGUUGAGGAUGUGCAUGGGCAUGAGGGUGAUGUGGGAUCUGUGGGAAAGGUUGUGAUGCACCCUCUCACGCACUGGCUUGGGAAGAAGGUGCUGUGGAGUCUGGAAGAGGAGACCAGCUGCAUCAAGGACCUAUGGCAGCUGCCCAUCAUCCCUUGGAAUGGGAAGACUCCAACAACAGCAACGGCAGCAGCGGCAAAGGCAACAGCAGGAGGAGAUGCAACUGCACCAACUGAUGGGGUCCUGGAAGCAGUUAAGAAAGUGCAGCAGCAGCAGACACAUGGUGAGAAGUUGGUGAAGGAUGGGAGCCUGAAGGGCUUGGAGGUGAAAGGGGGAGUGAAGGAGAUUGGGAGCUGCCCUACAUGCUUGGAGACCAAGUUCUCCAAGUUCCCCUUCAACAGCACUACAGGACCAGCCAAGACCCCACUUGCACUUGUGCACAUGGAUGUGGUGGGGCCCACAAGAGCCCCUUCCCUCUCAGGCAGCCGCUAUUUCUUGACAAUUGUAGAUGACCACACUCGGGCAGUGUGGGUUUACCCUUUGAAGAGCAAGAGGGAGGUGGCAGCGGCUGUCCUUAAGGAGUGGAUGCCUAGAGCUCAGAGGGAAUGCGGACACAAGGUGAAGGUGAUCCGCAGUGACAAUGGUGGGGAGUUCAUUGGAGCUGAUUUUGAGGGGGAGUUGAAGAGGAAGGGGAUCCAACAUCAACUGACAGUGCCCUACAAACCGCAGCAGAAUGGCGUGUCUGAGAGGUUCAACAGGACCCUGCAGGAGGGGGCACGCACUCUCCUUGGGCGUGCAGGGCUGCCUGAUCCGUUUUGGGUGUCUGCACUGAGGCAGGUCGCCCUUGUGAAGAACAGGAAGUUGACAGUGUCAAGGGAUGUGAAGUUUCUUGAGUCCCUGUACUACAAGGAAUGGAAGCAGCAGCAACAGAAGCUUCCAUCUACACCGCUCAUUGUGGAGGCAGAUGAGGUGCAGCGGCCUUCAAGACAGGUGGAGGUUGCAGUGUCUGAGGAGGAGAUGUCUGGGGUGACUGAGGAAGGGGGAGCAGCUGAAGUGGAGCAGCAGCAGCAGCAGCAGCAGCAUGAGUCUCCACCUCGAGUUCCACACCCGCCUGAGCGACCUAGGAGGGAUGUGCGCCCUCCUGUGAGGCUGACCUAUAGGGGAAGAGGCAAGCCAAAUGUGGUGCAGGCUGGGAGUGUGGUUGAGCAGAUUGAGGAAGAUGAGAUUGCAUUAUGCUAUUGGGCUGCAAUUCCUCAACCCAAGGUACUGACGCUAGCUUCAACUCAGUAAAAGCGGAUGGCACCAGCAUUGGGGGUUAUGUGUGCUUGCUAGGAGGUGGUGCUGUGAGCUGGCGCAGCAAGAAGCAGAAUGAGGUGGGAUUGUCCUCAUGUGAGACUGAGUACAUGGCCUUACACCAUGGGGCCAAGGAAGUAGUGUGGCUAAGGCGUUUGUUGGAGGAGUUGGGAGUUGGUCAGGAGAAGCCGACAGUUGUGUUUUGUGACAAUGAGUCCGCUGUGAAGCUCGCCAAGAAUGCUUGUCUGCAUGGGCUGACAAAACACAUAAGGCCUAAGUGGCAUUGGGUGAGGAGACUCCUUGAUAAGGAGGUGCGGCUGGAGAUAGUGAAGACCCAUCAGCAGGCAGCAGAUAUUUUCACCAAGCAUCUGGCGGAGGCGGAUCAUUGGAAGGGCAUGAAGCUUGCUGGGAUGAGUGUGCAUUGAGUAUGCAUGCUUGAGCUGUUGGUAUGGUGGAUGAUGGUUGGCAGCCAGAGGGGGAGAUUGUUGUGUGAUGUCAUCAUAUGCUAUCACAUUCUGUCUGCCUCUCAUCUCUUGUUUUCAACUUGCAUGUGUGGCUUGAAUGUGUGCAAGAAUUUGUGUGUGAUGUGUUCUGGAGUUUGGGAAUGUGUUUUGUGUUAUUUUUGUUUGAGCAGGUAUUUGUGAUGAUAGAUCUUGAGAAGAUCUUUCCGACGCAACGAGAAUCCCUUCAAUCGGAGCAAGAACGCGAAAGCUAUGAAGAUUCAAAGUUCUUGAGCUUGCGUUACAAUUGCGGCGGUUACAAAGUGAAGUUGUGGGGUGACUCACAAUGGAGUUGGGACCUUUGGGGUUGGGGAAAUUUGUCACUCUACUGUAACAGCUGCAAAUUGGUUGGGAACAACCAAGCUAGGUUGGCAAGGGUGGCCAACUUGGAUGGAUUGGUUGGGAAGGGACAAAUGUCAAAGUUGGGGUUCCUAUAGGGAGGGAAUCUUUGUGCUUAUGGGGUUCCCUUGGUUGGGGACUCUCUUGGGACCUUCCCUCUCGUCCCUCUCUUUCUAUCCCAACCUUUCUCUUGCUCCUCUAAUUCCUUGUGAGAUUCUUGAACUUUGAUUGAACUCUUGAGAUUGAGU